GGGAUCGGCAGGUAAUGAAGUCAUCUGUUGACAGGUAGUUUUCGAUUGACCAUUGUUCGGGUUUGUAGAGUGUUUUCGGGAGCAGAAAGGGGAGGAGGGCAAGCAGCGAACAAUUCCGUCGUUUUGUAUUUUUGUUUUCGUUCAGCUUCACGCAUACAGACACACACAUAGUGCCACACCACCGGACGUGCGCGGCUUCGUGUUUCGCCGUUUUCGCCGUUUUCUUUUCCCAGUCCAGUACGCGCUCGAAGGAGGUGUAAAGGCGGAGAAAAGUUGGGUGCCACCCGGGAGGAAAUUGCGUUACCAUUAUUAGGCACUAGCAGCAGCAGCAGCAGCAGCAGCGCCAGCGUACUUUCGAAACGUGCCAAACGCUUUCCGUUUCGCGUAAUUCUUCGCUGCGUUCGACGCGGAGGAGCGAGGUGUUCGUGGGGGCCAGUGUGGAAAAUCGAUAGUCUCAGCGCAUUGGCUGGCCCACGGUUCAGUGCGUUCGAGAUUGGGUUGGAGGAAGCCUGCACAGUCACACACGACCGCAGCGACCGUUCACGUGUCUGCUGUGUACGCCUGUCCUCCGUGUGAUCGUUCGAUCGCACCACCGCUAGCCAUCGCCAUGUCGCAGAUGGGCCGCGCCGUCAAGAACCUGGAACCGCCACGUCCGCUCAAGUCCACGCUGAAGCAGCAGCAGCACGUCCAUCUGCCCGUCUAUGAAGUUCAAUCAAUCGAAGAGCUCAUCACGCUGACGGAAAAUGUGGCCGCCAGCCUUGCCAGCGGCUGCAACAACGCGGACGGCGUGAACGCACUGCUGGCCAACCUGCGGCUGCACGGGCCGCAGCUGGAGAACGUGUCGAAGGACACGCUCGACCGGGCGCUGGUCAUCUUCCGGAACGCAUCGCAGGACGAACGGCUGAACAUAAUGACGCGAUUGAAUCUGCUACAACUGAUCGAGCUGCGCGCCAAAUCCUGGCAGGUAUCCGAUGGUGCAAACACCUACUACAAACACAAGGCUACAAAUGUGGAGCCUGACAUUUUGGCCGACCCGAACCUGCUGGGAUCCUCCCCGCCCAUGGGCCAGGCUGUACCCGCGCUGGCGCCGGGCGAGCUGAUACGGACCUCUGGGAAGUUCCCGAAGCCGACGAAGAUACCCGGCAAAACGUACUGCAAGGACGAGAUUGUGAUUCGCAAUGCCGACUCGGGAAAAGUAAUGGGAAUCAAGGGACGUAGAGUGCAUAUGAUAGAAGAACUGUCGGAAACGGUUAUUUCGUUCCAAAGAGUCGCUACCGGGGCUAAAGAGCGACUGGUGCAAAUUACCGGUCCAAAUGAGGAAAAAAUCAACUAUGCAAAGCAGUUGAUCGAAGACACCAUUCGCCGUAACGCGUCCCCGGUACGUUUGGACAAUUCCCAGGACGGAUCCUGCAGUUCUCUGGCGUCAUCCGGCUCGGAUGAAACGGUCCCGAGAAAGGAGUCGGCAGGAUCCGGCGCAGCGAACGCGCGCAAUUCCCUCUCCGGGGCCAUGGUGGCAGAGAUGGUAGCGAACAGUGGCGCGAACGGUAUGGGCGCUUUCCUGUCCAACCAGCAGCAGCAGCAGCAGCAGUCGGCCUCGGGUCCGGGUGGUGCCCUAAGUCUGAAUCUCAGCGGCUACUCGCAAACGCCGCCAUCGUCCUACACGCACCCGAAGCUAACGCGCAACGGGUCGCAAAACAGUGGCCAGCGCAAUAGCGCCGCGGGCAACGGAGCCGGCCUGCUGCUGCACAGCUUCUCCACCAACGAUGCGUCGCUCGGCGAGUACAAGUACACGGUGAACGUGGGUCAACACAAUCUGAAGAUUACUGGCGACUGUUUGGAGCUUGUCAAGGUCGCCAAGCUAGUGCUGGACGAUUACUUCAGCAGCAACGAAUUUCUGGCCUCGGUAGACAUGUGCUCCAGCUUCGAUCUACCGAACACGCUUUCCUCGCCGGUGGGAGCGAUGCCCGGCCAGCAUUCGCUCAUCACCGGCACCCCGUUCGUGGACAGUGGCGUCGGGCUGAACACGAUCGGUGCCACCAUCGGCGGCGAGCUGAUGGGCGGCGGCGUCGGCAACAGUCUCGAGAUCGACGAUGACGUGUUCAUCGUCGAGGCGGGCUCCUCGGCGGCCGCCGGCUUUAAGCCGAACGAACUGCAAACCAGCGGCAGCGGCAGUGCCCUCGCAGCUGGCAACAAUGGGCUGAGCCGGUCUCGUCGGAGCCAUUUCUCGCGCAAGGAUAGUGCGGGCGAUGGGCUGAAGGAGGCGGCAGCGGCCACCGUCAAAUCGGAUUCGAACCCGGUGAAACGAAUCGAAUAUGAGCGGCUGAUUUACUACUCAAAGUCACCGUACUCGUGGGAUCUGCCCGCCGACUGGAAGCGUAUAUGUGAAACUCUUCCUUAUUUGGUCAAAAAUAAGGAUAUCGAAGAUCAGAAAAACCGUUUUAACGGUGAGCAGUUUCUCGAGAUGAAGAAACAGGCAGCGAAAGAGUCGGGCAGCAGUAGUCUGGUGGGUCAGGGCGGCGGUACCCCCCUCAGCAGUCUGCCGGACGGAGGAGGAGUCGAUGGCGAACAACCACCAGCGAAGGACAGCACGGAAGGAGCUGGCGCCGACGAUAAUAAUAAUAAUAAUGGUGCAUCAUCGGGCAUCGUCAGUGCUGCAGCACAGAUGGAAAAGAUCGGUGCAUGAGACACACACACACACACAGGCACGAGUCGUGUGACCUUUAACCUUCCGACUUGGGGGUGCUUCUUAAAAUCCCCCCUACAUCCGCCUGUUGCUGAUAAGCACAAACGAAUCGAACGCGGUUUUUUGGUUUGAAAACUUCGAAAUUUAAAACGAACUCUUAACAUAAGUGUUGUGUACGUGUGUGUGUUGUCCUAAUGCUCGCGGCAUUAACGCUGUUUUCCACGGUUCGCACUACACUUUCAUUUUGGUUUUUACAUCCUAUCCAAACACAAUAUCAUUUAGCUGGUAAGAGAACACACUGCUAAGAGCGCAUUAACACUAACCCCCGCUAUUAACGCUAAUGAGAUUAACCUUUUUGUUUUUAUUCGUAAUGUUUAUCUGAACUACUAUUUUCGCUAUUAGGAUCGAUUGCUUGUUUGAUCCUAUUCGGAAAAGGGAACUUGUGAGAGAGAGGGAAGAUUUUGUUUUGUCGAUGGCACCCAAAGCAUUACUGCGCUUACAUGCAACUUUGAAGAAGCUGAAUAUAGAAACAACUGUAAAAGAGCAGUUGCAGCUAAGAAAAGCUAUCCAGGAAUGCAGCUUCGUGUUAAUACACAGAGCCUUUUUUUCCUACAUCGGUCUUCCACCGAUGAGAGUUUGCGAGUUUUGUGUACUUUUCCUGUAACACGUGGGGGGAAAUGGCGACCAGUAACCAGACAGCUCGUAAAAUAGUGAUAUUUUGAAGAAUGUGGUUUUAUAUGCCAAAUAAUACUAUGUAAUAAUAUUAUUAUUAAUAUAACAAGAAAUAGAGGUGGGAUAACAACAUAUGCAACCAUCGCUGUGCAACACAGAACAACAUAAGAGAGAGGGAGCGGAGGGCAUCAGCAAAAACCGGUGAUAAAAAUCGCAGAUAUGUGAGCGAACUCACACAAGAAACACUCACUCAUUAUUAAUAUUUACUCAUUAUUAUUUAAUCCUUCAGCAGCAAAGGAACUUGUGAACACCUUCUCCUCACCUUUUCCUUCUCUGCUUUCAGUUGCUGUUGGAUUGAUCGUGUUUAGCGAAAAAAAAAACAAACAAGUUAACACAACUCAUAACAACAUAUUUGAUGUGUAUUAAAUAACUUUCUAGUCUCAGCGAACGAGAGGAAUGGGGAAAUGGAGAAACAGUCUUUCCGUGUCGUAAUCCAGUCCCUCAUUCGCAAACACGCGCGCAUACGUACAAUCAAACAUUUUCCUUCAUUUUCUUCAUCUCAACACAAACAAUUGGACUCAAUUUUCCAAUCCAAUGGUACGAGAAUUGAUUGUUUGAUGCUGUUGUUUACUCAUGUUUUGCAACAAAAAAAGAAAAAUGAAUUCAUCUCAUAAACUUCAUUUUAGAUACGAAAUUUUGAAAACUUUGUUUCUACACAUAACAACAAUGUGUGUGUGCAAACAAAACAUGUGAUUAUUUUUUUUCCUUUUUAUUUCCUUCCUUUCUAAUCAAACGACACCCCGACUCGGCGCGAUUUUCGUCUUUUGUUUACUUCUUUUAUUUAUUGAUUAUUUAUACAAUUUAUAAUUGAUUAUUAAGUAUGUUUUUCUUUGUGUUUUUUGUUGUUGUUUUGUUUCCCGUUUAACCGUACAGCAACGCGGGAAAGGAAUUUAAAUUUGUUUAUUUUUGUUUUUUUUUAUUCCCUUCGUGAUUUCUCAUACCCAAAACGCUCCUCCCACGUGGGAAUUGUUUGUUUUGGUGAUGGAAGGGAACUACUGAGUGACUGUGUGUGCGCAAGGGGGAAAAGGCGGUUAAUAGUUUUUUUUUUGUUUUUAGGGAAAAAACAACGAGUAGAGAGAUAAAUGAAAUUUAUAUCUUCUAUUUACACACUCACUCACUCACUCACUCAUACAGACGCUCAGAUACAGCAGGGGGAGAAGAUUAGAUGUUGUCCGGGGGGCUAUAAGGGAAGAAGCAUGAAGAAAGGGAAGCAGCGUAUGUGUGUGCGGUGGAAUUACUAAGUUGGCUACAUUUAACUUAUCGCUCACUACACCCACCCACCCUCACACACACACGCAGGGGGCGAGAAACAAACUGAUGUAUUCUAACGGUAAACAAUGGAUAAUAAAAACACAUAUAUCUAGUACUUAAA